AUGGCGCCAAAGAUUCCCAAAUAUGUUUUGGCAGCGGCGUGCCUGACGGUGCUAUCAAGUGUGGUUAUCGGCAAGCCGCAGCCACUCAGAGGGAUAAAUGAGACGCUGGCUGCAGCGGGAACGGCGGCGGCGGUGCUCGCCAUGUCGUGGAAGCCUAACUGUUGUAUCAUUCUGCUGACGGACGGCACCGCCUCGGCACCUGCUGUGGCCUCGGUGCUUCGAGUGUCGUGGUGCGUGGCUGUGGUGGCUGUGAGCGACGAUCCUUCCUUCCUGGCCACCUGGACACAGCAGGCCCUAGAGGCUGGCCUCCUUAAAUGCGAGGUGUUGGUGCACCUGCCAUUCAGCAAAGGAGUGGUGCAAGUAGCAAGAUGGAGCCGUGGCCGCCUCACCCUCACAUCUGCCCUGCCUCUCUUUCCAGAGAAGUUCCACAGAUUCUUGGUGAGGCCUCGCCUGCGGUUCGCUGCGGAGGAGUUCCCGCCACAUGUUGUGUUGCAGCUCAGGACCACAGAGGUGGAUGGGCCCCGUCUAGUAUUCUCCGGCGCUAUGCUGCGAGUCCUCGGUGUUUUGGCACAGUCUCUCAACUUCAGCUAUACCAUUGUGCGGCCACCCGACGGAUCCUUCGGUACGUGGCUAGCGAACGGCACGGCUACAGGGAUGGUGGGUAUGGUGGGCAGACGGGAGGUGCACCUCGGCCUAGGUCCCUUCGGUAUCACCCCGGCGAGGUCCAAGAUAAUUGACUACACAGCACCUGUGGUGACCGCCUAUCUCAGAAUUCUGGCUGGCAGGGGUCAACCUGAGGUGGACCGUGGGGCUUCUUGCUGCCUUACAUUCUUGGUGUGGGUGGGCCUACUAGGGGCUUUGCUACUCCUGCUGGCUGUUGUUCUCCUUCUCGGCCGCUGCGCCUCAAACGACAACCCGACCCUCGCCCCUUACGUGAGAGUUUUGCUGCAGGAAAACUCGUGGCUGCCCUCGCUGUUGGACUGGGAACGCCUAGUGCUGGGGUCAUGGAUGCUAGCCAUGCUUGUUGUGACUCAGAGCUAUACGGGAAACCUCAUGUCCCUGCUGGCGGUGCGCUAUAUCCCGAUGCCGCUCCAGACGCUGCGUGCUCUGCUAGAUGACAUCGCCACCACAAUGGUCUGGGAGUACGACACCGCUUACGUGAACUACUUCCGUACAGCGAAGAUGGGCAUCAUGCUGGAAGUGAAGCAAGCCGAGGCGGCGGGCAGGAUUAAGUACGCUUUGGCGACGGAGCACCUCGACACCUUGCAAAGGCUAGUGCGACCAGGGACUCAUGCUUUCGUAGGCGAGGACCUCACCCAGCGGGUGCUCAUGGCUCAGCAUUUUUCACAGACAGGCCGAUGUGACUUCUACACGUCGCGAGAGUCCUUCAUGUCCUUCCUUUACUGCAUGAUCGGCCCCAAGCACAGCCCCCUCGUGCAGAGCAUCAGCAAACGUAUUACCUGGAUCACAGAGGCGGGACUCUAUGACCACUGGAUGAACAGCGUCACAUCUAACUCGACCGUGUGUCAGCGGCCUCCUAUCAAGAUCACCGUCAGGACCUCCCUUUCGCUGAGGAACGUAUGGGCACCCUCUGUGUCCCCCCCCCCCCCAGGCACCUACCUUCUGUGCCCCCUGAGCUGCUUUCAGCGUCACACCACGCGCCCCUCUGGCGUUCCUCUCAGCGCUCGACCCCCCACCCCAACCCCUCCUCCUUGCCUCAUCGCUGGUACGGCGAGUGAGCUCGUGUACACCGUUGCCUUCUUGAACACUGUGGUUCGCUCCCUGAGCCACUGUGGCCCCUGGCACGAGCCAGCGCCCCUCACUCGUCACGAACUGCUGUGGCCCCUCUUACCCUCAGCGCUGCUCCACCUUCACGACUGCCGCUCUAAUACCAAGUUCCUCAUCGACACCGGCGUUGACUUCACUACCGACAUCCGGUACAUCAAAGGAGCACACACUGCUCCAGCGGACGCCCUCUCCCGCAACAUUACCGUUGUGACGUCCUCUUCAUUUGAUUGCGCCUCCAUAGCCGCCGAUCAGUCCGGCGACGCAAAGCUGGAGAAACUACUGGACAACCCGGCACUACAAAUGAAGAGAAUCACACUCCAAGGCACCAAGGACUUCGCCGCCCGCCUUAAAGGUGUCAUGAGGAGCCUUCAGCCGGUGCAGCCUCGCUCUUCCCCCUUCGUAAGCCACGACCUCGACACUUGCACCCACGUCUUCGUGCGCGUGGAUGCAGUCCGGCGGCCUCUGCAGGAGCCCUACCAAGGACCCUACCGCGGGCCUCGGCAAUCCGUGAGAGCGUCGAAGGAACUGCGUGUGAAGGCGCUGGCCCGUGCCAAGGGCCUCAGUGGCUCGGGGAGCGAACCAGUGUCCAAGAAGGCACUGUAA